ACGUUGCAAUGGCAAGAACUAAGCAGACAGCUCGCAAAUCUACCGGAGGUAAGGCUCCGAGGAAGCAGCUUGCCACCAAGGCUGCGCGUAAAAGCGCACCCGCAACCGGUGGAGUGAAGAAGCCUCACCGUUACAGGCCUGGUACCGUGGCUCUGAGAGAGAUCCGUCGUUACCAGAAGUCUACUGAGCUGUUGAUCCGCAAGCUGCCCUUCCAGCGUCUGGUCAGAGAAAUCGCUCAGGACUUCAAGACUGAUCUGCGCUUCCAGAGCUCUGCUGUCAUGGCUCUUCAGGAGGCUAGCGAGGCUUACCUCGUCGGCCUGUUUGAGGACACUAACUUGUGCGCCAUCCACGCCAAGAGGGUCACCAUCAUGCCCAAGGACAUCCAGCUGGCUCGUCGUAUCCGUGGGGAGCGUGCUUAAACUGAUUUGAAGUCAAGAUCUGAUCAUUUAAAGGCUCUU